ACCAAGUUUAUUGAUAUGUUGCGUUUUUGGUGUAUUAAGUCAUUUGGUUAGUUUUGUUUUUGAGUCGUUUGUCGCGUCGUAAUCCAUUUUUUGCGUCUUUUUGGUCUUGUCAUGAGUCUUUUACGGGUUAUAGGUGUUUGUUCGGGAUUUGGAGGUUUUGAUCCAUUAUUGGGCUUGUUCGGGCCAAAAACGAUCGAGAGAACAAAAAGUUGACCAACAGUUGAGGAUCGAUCGAUCCAAGGAGUGGAAGUUUUGUUCUCGAUAACUAAGAAAGUUUCAUGUUUUGGAGGCAAUAAAAGUAUAGGUGGAAGUUGGACUAAAUUCUCAAUAGUAUAUGUGUUGAUUUUAAUACAUGGGCAAUGGCCUUAAUCAUCUGCUAUAUAUUUUGCUCCGAUUCCGUUUGAUAUAUGUCUUUGAUUCAGUAAAUAAAAAUUGUGAAAUUCGAUCAAUAUUGUAGAAUAAUCUUUUUGGACGGUCCUUUGUAACAUCUAUUUUAAUGAAACCUUUAAGAUGGCUUAUUAGAAUGUUUAUUUCUUUGCACGGUUUUCACUUACAAAACUUAGUGAUUACUUUCCUAAGUGGAAAGAAGCAGUAAUCAAAUUUGCUAUUUUAAAUUAUAAAAAGUGUACUUGCAUGUAAAUUUACAUUCAUAAUCACUUCGAAGCUUCGACUGAUAAGAUUAAUAAACUCGAGAAAUAUCUAUUUUGAUCUCAUGCCAGCUUCCUCUCUUAAAAAAUUAUAACUUAAAUAGAAACUAAAAAAUAUAUCUAAAUGUCAUCAUUUUCUUUUAAAAUAUUAGAAUGAACCGCCUAUAUAAACCUUUAUUAUGAUAACAUAACUACACAAACAUUGUCUCUCUUUGCUUACCAAUCUACAAUCUUAAAACCAUUCUUCGUUGUUUCGAUUUCUCAAAUCUUCUUAAACUUCCAAAGCAAAACCUAAGAUAGAAAAAAUAGAAACCCCAUACAUCUCACUAGAACACCCUAUACUUAGUAACAAUGUCACUCAUUAACGAUCAUUGCAAUGAGCCUAAUUACAUCUCAAACCCAACUUCUUCAGAAGACCUCUCUUCACCCGAGAAUUUUGGAUUAGAGGGAAGAGCUUCAGCUUCAAGCAGUAGCACCAUGAAUUCUGAUCAUCAACAGAAUCAAGGGUGUGUGUUUUACCCUUCCGGGGAAAGCAUUGAGGAUCAUAAUUCUUUGAUGGAUUUCAACGCUUCAUCAUUCUUUAGCUUUGAUUAUCACCGAAGCUUUAUCUCUCCUGUGACAAACGGUGGUGCCUUCUCGGUCUUGGAGGAGAACAUGAGUUACGGCUACACAGGCUGGAGUCAUCAUCAGAUGGAUAGUAUUAGCCCUAGAGUCAUCAAAACCUCAAAUAGCUUUGAAACAACGAGCAGUUUUGAAUUGACUUCAAAUUCCAGAUGUAAACCGGCGACAAACCAUGGAAAUGGAGACUGGUUAUAUUCAGAUUCAACCAUUGUAAACACCGGUUUAAGGCACGAGUCUGCGUCCCCUAAACUGGCUGGAAAUAAACGUCCUUUCACGGGAGAUAACACUCACCUUUCGAAGAAGCCAAGUAGUGGUACCAAUGGAGAGGCCAAACCUAAGGCAACAACUUCACCUAAAGAUCCACAAAGCCUAGCAGCUAAGAACCGAAGAGAAAGGAUAAGCGAGCGCCUCAAAGUAUUGCAAGAACUUGUACCCAAUGGCACCAAGGUGGAUUUGGUGACUAUGCUUGAGAAAGCAAUUGGCUAUGUCAAGUUUCUUCAAGUACAAGUUAAGGUACUUGCGGCCGAUGAGUUUUGGCCGGCGCAAGGAGGAAAAGCUCCGGACAUUUCUCAAGUUAAAGAAGCCAUUGACGCAAUCCUCUCAUCAACGCAAAGAGAUAGUAACUCAAACUAGAAAAACAAGUAUAGCAGGAUGAUUAAUUAUGAAAUGUAUCCGCAUUAAUUAUGAUGCCAAACGACUCAUCACUUUUGAAUUCGGUUUCAAAAAAUAGUUAAUAAUAAGUAACGUUAAGUUAUGUGCAAAUCGAGAUGUUCUUGAUUCCUUUUAAUUAUGUAAGAGCCAACACAUUGAAGUCACCGACGAUAUGUCAACGUCGAUCCACACGAGGACGGAAUCUUUAUAGUAGAUUAGAUGAUUAUAGUUAUAUACUCCCUCCGUUUUCGAAUAGUUGUCGUUUUAACUAUAUGCACACAA